AUGAACUUCAACAAAUCUAAACAUUUUGUCACCAACAAAGGGAAAGAAGAUCUUAUGAAAAAGGCCAUAUCUAAGGAAGAAAUCGAAAGUUUACAAGUCCUCGGGGUUGAUAAAGCUGAUAUGUAUGAAGAGGAAAGGAAAACUAAGAUGUUAGAACAAAUGUUCCAAAAUCAUACUCAGGAGUCUAAAUUAUCUCAUGAGGAUUGUUUCAUUAAAUGGAAUGAUGAUGGUCAAGAUGAAGGUCCUCCCAACGUUGAACAACCUUUAGUGGUUCAGAAGAAGCUAGAGAAGAAUAGUAAUUAUGCAAAAGCUAGUUUGUUGAAGUCAAGCCACAAGAUAUAUGUAUCAGAUAAUUCUCUCAACAUUCCAAUUUUUGAUAAGUCUGGUAUUUUUGCUAGUGGAAGUAUGAAUGUUGUUCCACUUAGGGUUGUGUCUAUGAGAAAAAAUCAUGAUGAAUAUUACCAAAGAACAAACUUGAGAAAUCCCGAUGGUGAUAAGGAGGUGGCAAACAUCCUAUACGACAUGUUGACAAAACCUCGUGUGUAUAAGGAGAAUGAAGAUCAUAUACAUGAAGAUGUUGAGGUUGAUAGUGCUAUAGUUGGUGGUGUUAAAUACGAAGGUGUGAUAAGUAAGAAUGAAAACAUUCUUUUAGAUUGUGUUGUUAAUAACAAUAAGUUGAGAGUGAUCUCAAAGAAAACACAAUCUAUGGAUGAUAUGCCUCCUCAGAAUCAUGAAGAUUAA